AUGCGUUAUUUCAGAUUCGCGGCGCUCUUCCCGCUCUUCCUGUCCGCAUUGGCAACGUCCGCACCCGCCUCAAAUGCUGUGGUAGCAGCUCGCGACACUUCAAACUUUAUCUCGAGACUGGAAAAUACCCUUGAGGGACUCGGUUCAAUCACCAAAGGCGUUUUGCAGGAAGUUGACCUCCUCAUCGGCGCCUUGCGGGAUGUUGCAGAAGGCAAAAUCGACCCUGUCAAAACUACCGAAGAAGCCUUGGGAUCCUUAUCCAAUGUCCGCAAUGCAAGCGAAGCAGGCCUCGUCGGCGUGGCCAUCGACCUGGUCACAAAAGGCUUAGCCCCGAAGAACAUCGUCGACCUGCUCACUGGGAUCAAUGAAGAGUCGAUCAACUCGAUGAACAACUCGAAUCCCAUCGACCCCCAAACCUCUAUAUAUCCCAAGGAUUCCACCGAUGCACCCUACGACCAGACCGAGGAAGACCUCCGCGCCGCCAUUUACAUCCCCGAAAGCUUCAAAUACGGUGCCGAUGGCAAGCGACCAAUUCUUCUUGUUCCCGGCACUGGCGAUCCAGCUGGCGUCUCUUACUACUUCAACUUUGAAAAGCUGAUCCCCGAAACCGACUUUGCGGACGCGGUUUGGCUUAAUAUCCCCCAAAACUCGCUUGCAGAUAUCCAAUUCACUACGCAGUACAUUGCCUAUGCCAUGAACUACAUUGCUGGGAUCUGCAACACUACGAUCGGAGUCAUUGCCACCUCGCAAGGAAACGUCGGUGUACAAUGGGCGUUGAAGUAUUGGCCGUCAACGCGAGACUCAGUGGAGGAUUACUUGGCUCUCAGUGCUGAUUUCCAUGGAACGCUCUUCGCGCCAGAGUGCUUGCUGCCCAACGCUGGCUGCACACCGGCUGUUAUGCAACAGCAGUAUGAAUCUGAAUUCAUCAAGACUCUCCGCUCAGACGGUGGCGACUCGGCGUAUGUUCCUACUACCAGCGUCUACUCCGGUCCGGACGAGGUCGUUACGCCGCAGACGGAUCCGAAUGCGUCUGCAAUGCUGAAUGAUGCGCAUGGUGUCGGUGUUUCGAACACCCAGGUCCAAUUGGCUUGUCCUGGUAUGCCUGCUGGUGGAUUCUAUCCCCAUGCUGGUCUGCUGGUCAACCCGAUCACUUGGGCUCUCUUUGUUGAUGCUAUGACGCAUGAAGGGCCGGGAAACCUAUCUCGAAUCGACAUGGAUUCUGUUUGUGAUAGGUUGGUCACCAAGGGAUUGGUUCUGACUGAUGUGCUGGGUACCAAUAUCGCGAUCAUCUUGAAUAGUGUUGUCCAUAUUCUUGAGUAUGGAUAUCAUGGCUCGAGUGAAGAACCUGCUAUCAGGGACUAUGCUCGUCAGUCUUGA